UAAAAUAUACAUACAACGACAUAAACGAUUAGUAUUAGUAUAAUAAUAAGUUGACUGUAGUGGUAUAUCAUAUAACAAGCAAAAGCAAGAAGUCGAUUUUCUUCUUUCCUUGAGCCAAUCGUCAUUCAACUAUGCCAAACAGGAAUUAGGGUUUAUUUCAGUUCAAAUAUUAUAAUCGAAGACGAAGCCUUGUGGUCAAUUUGCUAAACCCUAAUUCCUAAGUUGAAUUCCUUUUUCGUAUUUGAUUGGUGUUAUUUAUUGGAUUCCAAAAUUAAAUUAUUGGAUCUCUCUGUUUCAGCGAGAGAUAAUGCUGUGCUCACGUACUUGUUGCUAAUUAAUGGAUCCUGAUAGCAAGAGUUUUGGAAGAGGGCCCAGAGAACUUACAGGUGCUGUGGAUCUUAUUAAUCACUUCAAAUUGUUGCCUCAUCACGAGUUCUUCUGCAAGAGGCCACUUCCAUUGUCUAUUUCAGAUACCCACUAUCUUCACAAUGUGGUGGGGGACACAGAAAUUAGGAAAGGAGAAGGGAUGCAGUUGGAUCAGCUUAUACAGGAUACUUCCUUGUCAAGAGAGACGAGUUCCCGCAUCCAGCCAUUUGACUUAGAUGUUCUUGGAGAAGCUUUUCAACUACGUGAAGCGGCUCCAGUUGAUCUGCCUCCUUCUGAGAAAGGCAUCCCUACCGUAGCUGGAAAAUCCAAAAGUGAGUCAAAAGACAAGGAGAAGAAGCAUAAAAAGCACAAAGAUAAGGACAGGGAGAAGGACAAAGAGCAUAAAAAGCACAAACAUCGUCAUAAAGAUCGAAGUAAAGACAAGGAUAAAGAUAAAAAGAGAGAUAAAAGUGGUCAUCAUGAUUCUGGUGCCGAUCAUUUGAAGAAACAUCACGAGAAGAAAAGGAAGCAUGAUGGAGAGGAGGAACUUAAUGAUGUUCACAAACACAAGAGAAGCAAGCACAAGAGCUCAAAGAUUGAUGAGAUUGGUGCAAUAAAGGUAGCAGGCUGAAAUAUGCGUGGGGUUCUAUCGUUUGUUUAUCCUCAGACUUUGCAAUUGAGAAUUUGGAGGGAUCCUUUACUUAGUAUUAUGAAAAAUCAGAGGUACAGAAGUUAAUGUCCUGCUAUAUCCCAUUAAUUGAAGAACUUUAUUGGCAUGCCCUAUUGCUUCAAUCUAUAUAUUUCACACGGGCAAGAUUGUUCCAUUGAGCUCACAGCUUGGUCAGAUGGCACCAGGAUUUUGUGCAUAGAUGUUUCUUUGUGUUAGUGAAACUUUGUUUUCCUUUUUCGAAAUUACCAAGUCAAAUAACAGACACAUUCAACUAUCUUUACUGUGUUAAAGGAGCAGCAUAUGAAGAAACAGGUAUACUUUCUGUGCUUUAGUUGGGUAUCUAAUUAGUAUUUCUCCUUCUAAAAAGCCAGAUAAAUUAUUUCUAGUAUUUAUAUCUAGAUACAUGUUUCUGUUGUAAAUGCUAAUAAGUAGAUCGUCUCACCAGAUUAAAUCUUAAAAACAUCAGGAGGUCCAAAUAUGGUUGUGAAAAGAGAAAUAUCAGGCAAGUUGUGGUGCAAACUCAACAUGCAUAUUAUCCCAAUGCCUGAUUCUAUAUCAAGAUGAGUGUAAAAUGAUCAAAUUUGUGUACCUUGCCCUACAUGUACACUGGAGAAUAAAAGGUGAAAGUUUCCAAAGGCUGGUUUGUACUCCCUUAAGUGCAAACAGAGGUAGUCCUUUGACUGUUAAUCUAAAAAUCAAAUGCCAGCUAAGGAAAAGAAAAGAUGGAAUUGGAUGAUGUCCCUGAAGGGACUCCAAAAUGCACAUUUCGGAUUAAGAAAAGCAGCUACCUGUUCAGUCUCUGGAAUUUUGUAUAUAAGGUGUAGAAAGGUUAAACAAGACAGUUUGGAGAGUGCUCCUACAUUUGAAUAUUAAUUGGUUGGAUUUGAUAAAGCGGCUUCCUGUUCAGUCUCUGCACCAUUCUGAAUUUUCACCUUUUAACAGGUAUCCAUACUUUGAACUGGUAUCUAUAAUGAACAUCUGUUUGGGGACUCUUUCAUACCUGCUAACUCCUAGGAUGAGAAGUAGGUCCUUUGUUUUUGGCUGGAAGAGUUCUAGCCUUUAUGUGACCCUAAUGAAUUUCGUUUGGACAUACUAAAGAUUGCCAAGAAGGUGUAUUCACUUGAAGUAUAUUUUAGUGCAUUGUACAACUGCUGAAAAAGCACUUCUUUGGGUUAUAUAAAAAGAACUUCCUAGUUGGCAACUUGGCAUUGAAACUGAAAACCUUGAUCCUUUCAUUCAGCUUUAGUGACUUAGUGUGUUGUGGUCAUUUGUGUGCUUCUCUUCUUUCAACGACUCUAAUCUUGGUCGAGCUUAGUGUUAAGCAGCAGCUUUGUGUAACAACAAGAGAAGGUUUGAUAUGAGUGCUGGAGUGGUCUUUUAUGAUUUGUCCUUUCCAUUGAGCUUGAAGAUAAUCCCCUCAUCAGCGCUCAAAAACAUCCGAGGGGAAGAUGCUUAAAAGGAUGUCUAUAUGUGUCACGCUAGGAAUUCUGCUCGUCGUGGCUAGAUAUUGUUGUUGUAUAUACUAGGCUAGAAUGAGAUCAAAUAAUCAUUUGACAUGAAAUCAUGGUAAUAUAUGUACACAUGUUUUGCUGAA